GGGAUGUCCAUUCUCAAUACCUCUGAAAUGGAAAUCUCUGUUUUCUACUUGGUUGGGAUCCCAGGUAUGGAACAUGCCAACAUUUGGAUCUCUCUCCCGAUAUAUCUCAUGUACACUGUUGCUAUCCUGGGGAAUUGUACCAUUCUAUUUUUCAUAAAAACAGAGCCUUCUUUGCAUGAGCCCAUGUACUAUUUUCUUUCCAUGUUGGCUCUCUCUGACCUAGGGCUGUCCCUCUCCUCUCUCCCUACCAUGUUAAGGAUUUUCCUGUUCAAUGCUCCAGGAAUUUCCCCUGAUGCCUGUAUUGCUCAAGAGUUUCUCAUCCAUAGAUUCUCAGCUAUGGAGUCAUCUAUACUUCUUAUAAUGUCCUUUGAUCGCUUCAUUGCCAGCAACCCCCUGAGAUACACUUCCAUCCUCACCAGUGCCAGAGUCAUUCAAAUUGGGCUUGCUUUUUCUCUCAAAAAUGUUUUGUUGAUCCUCCCAUUUCCUUUCACUCUGAAAUGUCUAAAAUACUGUAAGAAGAACCUCCUGUCCCAAUCCUACUGCCUCCAUCAAGAUGUCAUGAAACUGGUCUGCUCUGACAACAAGGUCAACAUCAUCUAUGGCUUAUUUAUGGCUCUCACAGGCAUCAUAGACUUGACAUUUAUUUUCACGUCCUACAUGUUGAUACUGAAAGCAGUGUUGAGCAUAGCAUCACAAAAGGAAAGGCUCAAGGUCCUCAAUACAUGUGUUUCCCACAUCUGUGCUGUGCUCAUCUUCUAUGAGCCCAUUAUCUCCCUAGCUGCCAUCUACCAGUUUGCCAAACAUAGUUUCCCAAUCACUAGGGUCCUCAUAGUUGAUGUUUUUCUGCUUGUGCCUCCCCUGAUGAACCCCAUUGUAAACUGUGUGAAGAGCCAGCAGAUAAGAAAUCUCCUCUUAGAAAAACUGUGCCAGAAGCAAAGCUGA